CUGCCCACUCGUGGGGGCUGUACUACAUCUGGGGAAACAGGUGCAGAGAAUGGAGGGAUCUUUGCUCGUGCCCCUAGUGCCCCAGGUAGGGCGGGGGCUAGGGCCCCACAGGCCUAUCAGGUGAGAGCACCCAACCUCCCAGACUGGUCUGGUCUGUGCAGCUACUCAUGGGCACACUGAGGGCUCCCAAUCCAGGGCUCCAGCAAAGCCAAUCCAAGGGGCAAGGGGGAGGGUCCCCCCAGGCUUUGGUCUCUUUCUCUGAGCGCCCACUACUGCUGGCUCCCACAGUGCAGUGGUGAAAAGUGCUGAGGAGCUGUGAAGGGCCUCCUGCUUCAUGGUCAGCAGACCCCCCAAAGCUGGCCCGACCACUUCCUGCAGAUUCACCACAAGGCUUUGGCUUUCCUGUUUCCUGCGACCAGGCUUCCAGGAACACAUUUGGUGAGGCUACCUCCCUGUGCCUCCCCACGCCCCCAGUGUCCCCAACCCCAAUCCUCUUGCGGCACAGGAACAGGCCUGUGUUGGUGUAUUGGCAACCUCUGAUGGGCCAGGCGGGGUGGGGGGCCACUGGUGGGCCAGCCCAGCCACUUCCUGUCUUUGUUGUCCUCGUGUUUUCUUUUCCUUCUGAGACUUCAUCUGAGGAUGACGUCACUGGAAGUUUCUGGAGUCACUGGCCAAGCUGAGCCUAAGCCUGCCCCAGUAGCAGAGAUGAUCCUGACGCUGCUACUUGGCCUCGGGGGGCCCCUCGGCUGGGGGCUACUGGGGGCCUGUGCCCAGGCCCCUGGUGCCAGGCUCUCUGGCCCACACAUCUCCAGGCAGCCUGAGGUCUGGGGUACAGAGGCUGAGGACCCCAACAAGGACCCCAGCAGACGUAACUGGUGCCCCUACCAGAAGUCCAGGCUGAUCACCUUUGUAGCUACCUGCAAGACAGAGACGUUCCUCAUCCACUCACAGCAGCCGUGUCUGCAGGGGACUCCUGACUGCCAGAAAGUCAAAGUCAUGUACCGCAUGGCCUCCAAGCCAGUAUACCAGGUCAAGCAGAAGGUGGUGGCCUCCGUGGCCUGGAGGUGCUGCCCAGGCUAUGUGGGCCCCGACUGCCAGCACCACGAUCCUGCAGCACUUCCUGGGCCUGCAGAUCCAGGUGACAGUCUCCAGGAGCCUUGGGGAGGGCCAGUCAGCUCUGGACCUGGCCACCUGGUUGCAGAGAUCAGCCAAGUGGCGGUGCAGCAGGAACAGCGGCUCAGAGAUCUCCAGAAUGACCUUCACCAGGUGGCUGACAGCCUCCCAGGCCUAUGGACAGCCCUGGCGAGUAACCUUACAGUGGCCACAACUGAAGCAAAUCAGACUGAGUUUGAAUCACCCGGCAGGUCCCUGGAGCAGGUGCUGCUGCCCCAUGUGGAGACCCUUCUGCAUGUGCACUUCAGCCCCAUCUGGAGGGGUUUCAACCAAAGCCUGCACAGCCUUUCCCAGGCCGUAAGAAACCUUUCUCUUGAUGUGGAGGCCAAUCGCCAAGCCAUCCAGAGGAUCCAGGAGGGCUCCGUGGCCAGGGCUGACUUCCAGGAGCUGGGUGCCAAAUUUGAGAGCAAGGUGCAGGGGAAUGCCCAGAGAGUGGGCCAGCUGCAGCAGGACGUGGAGGCCCGCCUGCAUGCCCAGCACCUGUCCCUGAACCGCUCCCUCGAGGAGGUGCAGGCCAGUAUGGAUGCCAAACUGAAACGGCUCCACAAGGCCCAGGAGCUCCUGGGGGCCAAUGGCAGCCUGGUGGUAGUGGCUGAGGCAGGGGCAGGGGCAAGGCCAGAGCCAGAGAGCCUACAGGCCAGGCUGGGACAGCUGCAGCGGAAACUUUCCACCCUGCAUAGGGAGGCGGGCCUCAGGGAAGAGGAGCUGCAGACCGCCCUGACUGACAUCAGGGCAACCUUGGCCCGGCAGGUGGAGGAGAUCCAGGAGUUGUACUCAGAAUCUGAUGAGACCUUCGAACAGCUCAACAAGGUGGGGCAGCAGGUGGAGGAGCUGCAAGUGAACCACACGGGGCUACGUGAGCUCCGAGUGAUCCUGAUGGAGAAGUCAUUGAUCAUGGAGGAGAACAAGGAGGAGAUGGAGCGGCACCUUCUGGAGCUCAACCUCACCCUCCAGCACCUGCAGGCCAGCCAUGCCGACCUCAUUAAGUAUGUUAAGGACUGCGACUGCCAGAAACUCACCCCGGGCGUCAUCCGGGAGGGCCAGCGGGACACCAACCCGGCCCUGGAGAAGACCCAGGUGGACCUGGAGGAGCGGCGCCAGCAGGACGGGCCCGCGGUGCGCGCCCUGAGGGCCGCGGUGGAGGACCUCUCGCUGGCGGUGGACACGCAGCGGGCAGAGGGCGAGCGGGCACGGGCUGACACUGCCCGGCUGCGCAGCCAGCUGCAAGCGCUGCUCCGCGAGGUGGCCGCGCUGCAAGCGGCCGAGGGACUGGCGCGCCGCGACUUGCGCCAGCUCAACAGCUCCUUUGGGGCGCUGCUGGAGGACGCGCUGCGGCACGAGGCCGUCCUGGCCGAGCUUUUCGGGGAGGAGAUGAUGGAGAUGUUGGAGGAGGAGGCGGGCCCGCUGCCCCUGCGCUACGAGCAGAUCCGGCUGGGCCUGCAGGAGGCUGCGAGUGGGCUGCGCGAGCAGGCGCUCGGCUGGGCCGCCCUGGCCUCGCGGGUGAGCGUCCUGGAGCAGGGCCGGGCUGGGUCCGGGAUACAGCACCUGGAGCCCAGCCACGAGGAGCUGCGCGAGGAGGACCUAGGUGGGCUGAAGAAGGAGCUCCAGCGCCUGGGCGCCCAGGUCCAGCGGGCAGAGCGGUGCUGUGAGGCCUCCUGGGCCACCGCCCUCAACGACUCUCUGGAGGGCCUGCAGGGCGCGAUCUCUACCACCCAGCGGGGCUUGGAGCGGCACCAGCUGCUCUUCCACAGCCUGUUUGGGAAUUUCCAAGGGCUUGUGGCCGCCAACGUCAGCAUAGACCUGGGGAAGCUGCAGGCCAUACUGAACAAGAAAGCGAAGAAGCAGCAGAGAGGCCUCGAAGCUACCCGGACGCGGGACAAGAAGCAGGCGGAGCUUUGGGUAGACACCCCAGGCAAAGGCCGGGCCCCGGCAGCAGAGCUGAUGGAGGCAGGCUCUCCUGUGGCCUUCUAUGCCGGCUGUUCAGAGGGGACGGCAGCUCUGAAGACUGUGAAGUUCAACACUACUUACAUCAACAUUGGCAGCAACUACUUCCCUCAACAUGGCUACUUCCGAGCCCCUGAGCGUGGGGUCUACCUCUUUGCAGUGAGCAUUGAAUUUGGUCCAGGGCCAGGCACCGGGCAGCUGGUCUUUGGAGGUCACCAUCGGACCCCAGUCUAUACCACCGGGGAUCAGAGGGGUGGAAGCACAGCAACGACCUUUGCUAUAGCUGAGCUGCAGAAGGGGGAGAGGGUGUGGUUUGAGCUAACCCAGGGAUUGGUGACAAAAAGAAGCCCGCCAGGCUCUACAUUUGGGGGCUUUCUGAUCUUCAAGACCUGAACCCAACACAGCUCUGACUUACCAUCACCAUCAUCGACUUAUCCAGCUCCUCCCUCCGGGCCUGGGGCUCUGGCCAGGGGUGGUCUAAAGACCACCAGUUAGUCUAGCUCUUCCCUGGAAAUCUCCUGAAAAACAACGUGGUAUGUGCGGCCUCCCUUACACAUACUGGGUUUGGGUAUUUCUUAAUGAUGAAGAUUGAAUGCUUCUCUCUGGGUGGAAUGUGGCCCGAAGGAACUGUGAGCCUUGGCAUGGACUCCAGUUCUCUGUCACCCCCUUGUGCUACCCAGCUUCCUUGGUGUUUUGCUCCUCCUGUGGUUGGAGACAUUUGUACACUUUAAACCUUCUCCCAUUAUUUCCUUUUCUCCUUAAUUUUAUGCUAGAAAGUUGUUCUUUUCCAGAAGAAAUAGGUUUAAACUAGAGUGACAUUUUGGACAAUAUUGUUCAUUCUAAUCCUGAGGGAAACCAGACUCCAGCCACCACUGAGCAAAGCAACCCAUGGUAACCACCAGUCAGAAAUCAGACAAGGGCCUGGUUGAGUUAACCAGGGGAAAUAAAAUUGUUAUCUUUUCCAUAGUUUCAGUCAUUCCUUGAAUUUAUCUGUAUUUUUAAUUUAAUUUCUUUUUUUCCUUGCCUCACACAGGGUAAAAUGCCCUUAUGCCAAGACAUGUCAAGCAUUAACUAAAACGUGGGUAGCCUUCGCCCCUUUUAUUUCCUCCAGUAGCUUCUGACCACCCAAAUUCUUGUUAGCAUCUUCAGCCAGGGUGGAGCUGAGGGAGGAAGUGAUGGAAGACUGCAAAAACUCCCUCAAUCAUUAUCAACUUUGGAAUAAAGUGAUGUUGUUCAAAUCUCUGCUUGGUUCACAUCUGGAGAGCAAAAGUAUUUGGUAAAAUAGGUAGAAAUAUGUGGCAAAAUGAAACUAUUUGCAAUAAAUAUGACUGUCAUUAUUCCAGGCUGCAUUUUUCUUCACACUUUUAGUUAAGUCCACAUAAGACAUUCCAAGUCUCCGCGGUAGGGCAGUAAUACUGUACCAGCUGGUGACAGCUCAGAGUAGUAAUUACUCCUGCAUUAUUCAUAUAUGGUCUUUAGAAAUAUUACAGAUCCAAACAGGCUUAAAACAACAGUCAUCUCGUAAUCAGAAGUACAGGCUUUUAUUUGUAGUAGUUAUUCAGUUAAGGAACCCUGGUGGCGCAAGUGCUGCUAACCGAAAGGUUGGUGGUUCAGACCCAUCCAGUAGCUCCGUGGGAGAACAGACCUGGCCAUCUGUGGGGGUAGUUCUCUGCCACAUGGGGUUGUUAUGAAUUGAAAUCAACUCGACAGCACCUAACAGGAUGUUAUUCGAUAUCUGUUGGAUGCAUUAUUCUCCGUAGGAAAGUCAGAUUGGACCAGGUAAUGAAAAAGAGCAUGUGGUUUCCAGAUCAGCUUUCUCCGGUACAAUUAGUUUUAUAACUAAGUCCUCUUAAAAGAAAUACACUAAGCCAUUUAAAUAAUAAAGAUUCCAUUGUCUCCUCACUAGUCAGUGAGUUCAUGCAUUCAAAGUAUGCUUUUAGUGGAUCAAGACCACCAAGUUCAACAGUUUUCUAGGUACUCAUUAAUUCAAGUAAUUGUCCUUCAGAACAUAUUUAUCACUAAGCUUUGUGUAUUCAAUGAGCAAAACCAUCAGUGUUAAAAGGAACAGUAUGCCGGGCCAUUCUGCCAGAUGAUUUAGUCUUGG